CCGGGCUCGGCGGGAAAGCACCCCUGGGAUCGUUCAGGGGCAGCCGGCAGCGGCGGCUGCAUCGCGCGGCGUCUUGUAGUAGCAGUCGUACUCCGCCCGCCACUGCUGCCGGCCGAGCCGGCGUCCGCGCCGAGAAGCCGGCGCGGGCUCACGCCUGGCGCCGCCUCCCAAGUCGUGCCUCUUUCUGUUGCAGCUCGGGCGCGUCACCGGCGCCCCGAGGAACUUCAGCGCAGCGCUAAGAUUACUGGCCGUUUGCGAUCGGUGUGACCGGUUUCGUAACGCUUCGAGAAGGAACUGGAAGCACUAAAAGUCGGACUCAAGUUUGUUCGUUUCUGGGUCUCGUCGACGACGGAUGGCCACCCACUGCGUCCCCGAAAAGUUUUCUUCCCCGCUCAUCGUCGGAGUGAGUGCGCCCGGCAAGAAGCGGACGCAAGGCGAAGCUGGCAGUAGCUCUUCGCUUACAACCUGCACGGAGGAGCGUGGCAAGCAAGAGAGGUCCAAACCCUGGCCCUGUGAUGCUGGAUACCUCCCCAACUUGGGAGGUGAUGUUCGCAGGCAGAACGUAGACCAAAGCAAUGAGAGACCGAGGCGAAGAAAAAGGCCCGUACGCGCAUCGAGACACGGAACUGCGUUCCCGAGAGAUGUGUUGUGGCUGGAGAUCGGUGGCCCGCUGACCGCGGCGUGACUUCAUGAAGGAACCUUGAAUAAUGCUGUUGGAGAUUCCAGAAGCCUUGCCUGGAGUCUUUGCUUCAAACAAGCUUGCUGUGGCCCAUCAGUGGCUUAGUGGGCAUGUCGCUGAUGGUUACAGAGGGCGGAGU